AUGUACACAAACAUCUCAGGCGAAAAGGCAAUCACCGCCUUGCUAGACGUAUUAGAACGAGAGGAGUAUAUCCUGGAAGCAGAGCGGAUAUGGAAGGAGUCGUUAACACGAUUAAUCAACCUGACAGUAAGUACCACAUAUUUUACAUCCAACGGCGAUAUCUAUAGCCAAAUGUUUGGACUGCCGAUGGAACCUCCACUCUCACCUCUUUUGGACAGAUUGGAGGAAUUCGAGAAGUUACCGCUGCAACCAAGAGUGCUUAUGCGAUAUCUGGACGACUAUUUUGCACUUUGGUUGCAUGGUAAGAAAAAUUUUGAUGAGUUCCCUAAUUUUUUAAACAAACUCGAUGGAAGGUGGAGAAGAAUAAACGACUACUCUUCCUGGAUAUUGAGGUCAUUUGCUCGAACAUAA